AUGACUUAUUUGGAGAUUUUAUGGAAGGGAUACGAAGUUAAAUUGGAAAAUACUGAUGAGGAUAAUAAAAAUCUUGGUAGUGAUAAUGCCAAUAUUAAUGCAACUGAAGGUCAAACACAAAGUCUACAACGUGCUUCAUCAACUACUAGUAAUGGAAGUCAAAGCAUGAUGGAUCAUCUUUGUGCUAUAGCGCGUGAUGUUGGAGUCUUAUCUGAAGUUAAAGAAAUCACUUUCUAUGAACACAAGGUUAAUGGAAAAUCAAGAGGUGUUGCUUAUGUAGAAUUCACAACUGAGGAAGCUGCUAGUAAAGUUAAAGAGAGAUUAGAAGAAGUUGAAAUCACAGAUAAAAAAUGCUUGGUAAAUUUCACAAGUUCAGCAAAUGGUAAUCCUUUCAAAACUGUCCCAAAAGAACCACCUUCAAAAGCUUCUCGUCAACAACAACCAUCAGUACAGCAAAGAUCUGCAACAUCUGGAAAUUUACCAAUUCGUCCUAUUAUGAGACCGACAGGCGGUGGAAUGGAUUUCCAUAAUCGUAAUUCAUCAGCUGCAGCAUUCAGAAAUCGACAAAUGGUUCCAGGCCCGAGAGAUUUCUUUUCACAAAAUAUGUCACCAUAUGGUACCGGCGCUUUCGGAACAGGAGCAACGGCAGCAGGUAGAGUUGGCUAUAUGAAUAGCUUUGGUGGACCUAAUGACGUAUCUUUUAUGAUGGCACGUGGUAGAAUGAUGAAUGCAGCAGCUAUGCAAAAUCAAGCGGCGGCGGCGGCAGCAGCUAGACAAAGAAUGAUGAGUCGUGCACCAACAGGGCCAGGAGCAGGGUAUCCUGCACCACAUUUUAAUCCAGCAUUUUUCGAUCAAGGAUUAGGAAAUGAGGAUGUACCAGUAGCACCAAGAGGACAAAGCUUGGCUUUACCCAAACCGUUAAAUACAAACGAGAUCCUUCAUGAAUUAAAAGAUAUCGCUGGAUCAACUUUGUGA